AUGAAUUUUCGUGAACUAAACAUAUCGAACUCUCUUCAGCCGCCCCUUCAGAAUCACAGUUACAUGCAGAGAAGGCGAAGUCAUUUCCAUGAAAUCCCUUUCAGCCUUGAUUCUGAUGAACUAAAUCUGAGCAAGGAAGACUCAGUUUCUUCUAUCAACUCUAGAGAAGAAGUUAUUGAGCUUUCUAAUGAGAAAUCCCAGGGUCGCCCUCGGGGAUAUUACGUUCCCAGGCUUAGCAAAGUAAUUAAAGUCAUCCAUAAGACUGAAGUUGAAAGCAAAGAGGCUCAUAAGAACUUAGACGCGAGACUUCCCUUCAUGCAGACCCCUUGGCCAAGAAUUAAGAGAGGUAAAAGAAUAAAUAGGAAGAGGAAACAAGUUCUUAAUCCAGAGGAUAUUGUUUUCAGCUCAAGAGAUACUCGUAGAAGCUUACCUCAUUUCAAGUGCCAUUCCUCAUCAAUUAUGAAGAACAAGGGCGGGAAUUUAGUAGGCAAGUUACUGGUUGACCAAAAAAUGAAAUUAAAAAGAAACCACCCCAGCAUCGUCAAGACUAAAAAAGCCCAACCACAGAUGAAGAUAGACAUGUCGGAAGAAGUUUUGAAUAAACGAAAAGAAUCUUCAAAUUCAAAAUUAUUUGUUGUUCAGCCAAUCCAUUUUGGGGUCACUUUGGACAAGUUACGGAAUAAGAAUCGACUUGGGACUAAGACUACGAAUCUCAAGUCUAUUAAUAUCUCUGGGAUUGAGAUGUAG